GAGCUGGCCGCUUUCCGGGUUCACGCUCAACUCGCCCAGCAUGUAGAGGAGGCGCCGCGCCGGGAGACACCUGGACCGCCGCGGACGCACCGGAGCCCCGGACAUUCGGAGAGAGACCCGCCGCCGACCGGACAGGAGCGAAGGUCCUGCAGGGCGCUGCUGCUUCACCAGGAAAACUGGAGUCCGACCUCACGCUUCCCGCUGCAGCUCCUCUCUGCCCUGAGACCACUUUACUGCAGGUUUGCUGAAGCAUGGGGAACCUGAUCAAGGUGUUGACGAGAGACAUCGACAAUAACGGUGGAAACUUUUUCCUCGACUUUGAGAACGCUCAGCCCUCGCAGUCGGAGACGGCCGUGUGGGAGAAGGUGAACCAGGUGCUGACCGAGGCUCAGGUGGUGCUGGACGACCUGCAGGCGUACCGAGGAGCCGGAGAGGAGAUACGACAGGCCAUCCAGAGUCCCGGUGUGGACGGAGUGCAGGAGAAGGCCUGGUCUGCCGUGGUUCCUCUGGUCGCCAAACUCAAAACCUUCUAUGAGUUUUCCCAGAAGCUGGAGUCCAGCCUGCAGUGUCUCCUGAACGUCCUGACCAGCUCCGGCUCCACUCCCACUCAGCACCUGGAGCAGCAGCAGGCCCUGGCCCGGCAGUUCGCCCACAUAAUGCACUUCACUCUGCGCUUCGACGAGCUCAAGAUGACGAAUCCCGCCAUCCAGAAUGAUUUCAGCUACUACCGAAGAACCAUCAGCCGCAUGCGGAUCAACAACCUGUCUGCAGACGCAGGGAGCGAGGUCAACAACGAGCUGGCCAAUCGGAUGUCUCUGUUUUACGCCAGCGCCACGCCGAUGCUGAAGACGCUAAGUGACGCCACGUCAAAGUUUGUCUCAGAUAAUCCAGACGUGCCGAUUGAAAACACGACGGACUGCCUGAGCACGAUGGCCAGCGUGUGUAAAGUGAUGCUGGAAACACCGGAGUACCGCAGCCGCUUCGCCAGCGAGGAGACGGUGCUGUUCUGCCUGCGUGUGAUGGUGGGAGUCAUCAUCCUGUACGACCACGUCCACCCGGCCGGAGCCUUUGUUAAGACCUCCAAUAUAGAUAUGAAAGGUUGCAUCAAGCUGCUGAAGGAGCAGCCGCCCAGCCGCGUGGAGGGUUUACUCAACGCUCUCAGGUACACCACCAAACAUCUGAACGAUGAGACUACCUCCAAGCAGAUCAAACACAUGCUGCAGCCAAAUUAACCCUCAGCUCCUCUGAGACUGGGGCAAAGAAGUGUUGUGGUCCAAAUUUCAAAAGAACUACUGAACAAACUUUUAGCUAAUAUUCUUAUGAUUGUGUUUUUUUUCCAGCUGUUUUUGUUGUUUUUUUUGGGUUUUUUUUAAAAAAGAAACUGAGAGAAAUUGAUUAACUGUUAUAAACGCCAUGUUUAAUCUGCCAACUCAUGGAAGUUCAUGGCAGGACAGUGAGUUUUUAUACAUGUAUAUUUAACCAGCCCUUUGUGACUUCUGACUUCUUAACACGACCCCCCCGAAAUGACCGAUACUGGUGGUUCUGCUCAGGCAUUGGGACGUUUCACUGUUACAAAACAAAAGAAACGUAAAAAUUGUCUAGGUAGUGUAAGUUAGGAAGACUUAAACUGACACACAACAAUCAAAAAGAAACAAAAACAUAUAAAAUACAUCUUAAUCGACAAUGUCAAGGUUUUAUUUAAUAAACUCCUGAUCAGAACAUCAAGGACGUCACGACCAUCCAGUUUUCCUCACUGAACCACACCGAUUAACAGACUGGAAAACUGUUUUGGUGGCUUAAAAAUCUGAUAAAACAUCGACAUUGAGACGGUCUUGUUUUGGCGUAACUCCUCGGCUGCAGCUCCUACCUCAGAAAUGCCGCUGUGGCCUUUUCACUGUCGCGAUCAGUGGCAAGAAUCUUAAAAGAAAAAUUGAGUUUAUGAGACGACGCAAAGUUGAACCGAUCUUUAGUUUUAGUUUGUGUGAUCUCCUGGACGAGCAACAGAUUUGUAAUCUCUCAAUCAACCUCCUGCAAUGAGGAGGACGAUCCUGCAAGAAAGUCCUUCAGAAAUCUUGAAAAAAUUCAUGGUCUGAAUUUUAUGACCUUUGUAAAGUUCCAAGCAACUUUACUUCUUAAAAAAUGCAUGUUCCUCUUGCAUGCAGUACUUUCUACUGUCCACUGGAUGGCGUUACUGUAACGAAACAGUCAUUUUAAUCAAUGCAGUGACUCUAAAAUUCCAAAGUGCUGAUUCAAAGGGACAGGAAGCACAAAUUAGGAAUGAAAGUCUUCACAUUUCCUCCUGAUAAUCUGAGAAAUAAUCCAGACUUGAACAGAGAUCAGUAAAGGAAAUCCAGAUGUUACAGAUGAGUGAAUUAUCUCCGUUUUGUGUCUUUACAUUGAGGAUUUGUUACCAUUUUUUUUUAGGGGAUUUAAGCCCAUUAAGAAUAUUUUAAGUUACUGGAGUACAUUUCAAUGCAUAGCGAAUCAGCAGCAGCAGCUUUGUGAAGCAGGAUCCCCGUCUGGAUGUGGGACGACUCUUCUUUCUGUUUAUGAGUUCACACAGAAGCAGGUGCUGUCAGUGUGAUGAUGACCAAAUCUGAAAGAUGGCCUGAAAUUCAACAAGUCUGCAGAGUUCCCUCGAAGCUGCUGGAAAGCAAAUAAACUCUGAGGCUUUUUGACGUUUUGUCUCAGUUUUCUGGUAUCCAAAGGUACGGAUUUAAAA